UUACAAUUCAUUUGAGGAAGGUAUGGAUGCAAUUGGGGUAAAUGCACAUAGUUCCAAUAGUUUAAAUAUUAGUUUAACCAUUGACCACAGUAUAAUUUAUAAUGAAAUAAAGAAAUGUUUAAAGUAUACUAAUGUUAAAGAAUUUCCUCAAGAAUGGGAGAAAAAUAUCUUAGAUUUAUUGCCAAGAAGAUACAGAAGAAAAUAUUCUGCAUUAGUACAAUCAAUGUUAACAGAAAUAAAGGAUAUGCUAGCUGAGGAUAUGCAAACUUUUUCAAUUAUAGUUAUAUUAUCAUUACCAAGAAAAGAAGAAACAUCUUUUUCUGCUAUGUAUUUUGCAAAGGAACAUAAAGGCUACAGCUAUAUUAAGUUUGUAGAAUGCCGUAAAUUAAUAGCAAGAAGAUAUUUCCUUUAUCUAGACCCAAUAAAAUUUAUUAUAGGAAUGGGACAACUUAUGCUUCCAAAAUUUAUUUGCAACUUUCAAGAUUACUGCCUUGAUCUUAUGUCAUUAAAUGAUUUUCAAAAUAUAAUUAAUAAUGAUAUUAAGAAAGCAUCCGUAAUAAUUUCUCAUCAAUUUUAUAAAGAAAUCUGUAGAGUUUUAUCAAAAACUGUGACAAAAAUGUCGAGAAAUGUUAAUAUAAAGCGGUUGCUAAAUAUCAUGCGAUGCAUAACACACAUCUUUGCACAGCAAAUUAUAAAUGUUAUGAUGCAAUCGGUAGAUCAUGUGUUAGCAAUUAUGAGUAAUGAAUAUUACUGUCCAAAACUUAAAAUUCAACUCGACCUACAAGAUGGUCAACUUUUAAUCAGUCCUAAUAUUGAAGAAAUAUAUUCAGCAUAUCAUGGAAUAAUUGACAGCAUUGGUUCAAUUGCUCAAAAUUUAACUUCAUUCGAAGAAUUACUG